AUGACCCUCACACCUGGAGAUCCAACACUAUGGUCUGGUGUGAUGUUUGUACGAAAAGGUAUCUUUAACCUCAAACGGUUUGGAACAAUGAGUCUGACAAGUUAUCCUAAAGGACCAUAUGCGCCAUCUAUACUCCGCUUUCGAAUCUCCUUCCCACCAAGCUAUCCCGCGCUACCUCCUCUAAUCACUUUUACAACCGAUAUAUUUCAUCCUCUAAUAACACCACUCACAACGUAUAUGUAUACAACAGCUUUCCAAGAUACGGGGACGGUUUCUGCUACAGAUGAAGAGCGUUUGCCUCCUGGAGGUUUUUCAUUGCGCCAUGGUUUCCCGGUUUGGUUUGGUCGAGCAAGCAGAAAGUCCGCACCAGCAGCACCAGGAAUAAACUUGCAAACACCAAUGAACGUAUUGCAUAGUGGUGAGGCGACCAACUCCACGACAAACGAAAACAGUGUCACUCCCUCGCCAUCUCAAGCUAGUGGUGACAGUCGUAGUAGCUUUGACGUGCAAGGAAAACACCCAUCUACAUAUGACUUUCUCAGAUAUAUUCGAAGCACCUUCGACGAUGACAACGUGAUGGAUCAAAUCCCUUUAGAGGCUGCGGGAAAUCCUGGAGCUUGGCAAGCAUGGAAAACUCAUCGUCUCAGCUCCCGGGCAGGAGAGAAAACGUCUCCAGAAUCUGCGUUACGAGCUAGUGCUUCUAGCGGUGGGGCUGCCGCACCAGUGAGCCCAUCGAAAACUCCGAUAUUUCCAGUCGUUCGAAAACCUGGGGAAUGGAAUUGGGAUGGUGUCUGGGAAAUGCGGGUCAAAAAGGGAGUGGAAGCUAGCAUUACUGAGGCAGAGCUCUUUGGCACCUCUUCGGCUGAUAAUGAUUUAAUACGUUUCCUCAAUCUCGACGAGGAGCAGAUUGAGACCAUUCAAGAAAACAUUCGGAGAAGUGUAGAAAGCUUGGAACCCCAGCGGAGAGGAGUUGUGUAG